CAUUAGCAAAGAAUGAUUAUAAUAUUCCUUAUCUCAAGUAUAUAUAAACAAAAAAAUAUCCUAUGAAGUGCAACCAAAGAAAAAAAAAAUCAUCCACAACACCGAAGUUAAACUAAUUAAACUCUCCCAACACUAUUAAUAGUUAGCUCAUCAUCACGGGUGAUGAUGGAACAAAAGUUUAAGCAAUUUGAAGAAGAAAACCAAAGAUUACUUCUUCUACAAGAAUCAUCAGAAAGAUCUACCCAAACAAGAUGUGAAGAAAUUCAUGAGUUGCAAGCUCCACUCCCCAAGAUUCGUAAGGUACCACAUUAUCUCCGAAACCGAGUAGAUUUCGCCAAGCAUUACUCGCCCAAAUUGGUUUCAUUUGGUCCCAUCCAUCAUGGAGACCAAAAUCUGAAGCUAGGAGAAGAGUACAAGCUUAUGUGGUCAGUGAUGUAUGUUAGAACCAGAGGCCAAACCGCAAGGGACCUGCACAAAAGAGUUCUUAGCAAUAUCAAGGAACUACAGGACCUAUUCGACAAGGACUUGUUUGCAAAACAAGAAUUCACAAAUUGUGAGGUUGAAGGCUUCAAAGACCUUGACCAGAAACUUUCUUGGAUGCUGUUUGUGGACGGAUGUGCUCUGCUUCAAGUCCUGGAAAAUGGAAACUUAGGUGAUGAUUUUAAU